GUUACAAUAAGGUUUUGAAGAAGUUGUUGCCAUAGAAACCAGUUUAGUUUGAGGAAUCUGAGACCUUCGUCAUGGCUGUGCAGAGCUGGAUAGAUCAACUAAAAGCAUCGAAGAAAACCGCAAUAAUAAGCGAUGGUAAAAGGAAAGUUCAUUACUUGUUUAGUGAUGUGAAAGAGAUGGCAGAGGAAUAUGACAUGAAAACCGACGAGCUCAUACUCAGAAAGUGGCGCGCGAAAACUACCCUAGGAGGAAGUGGAGCAUGGCAAGUCGAGGUUGGCAACCCUCAGCCUUCACCACUUCCAGUGGAGCAAGAUUCUAUCAAGGAAAACAGCUCCAAUCCUGUGUUCCUGCGCAACGACACAAAAACUAGUUUUCAGUGGAGAGUCCGAAACCUUCCAUACCCCAAAGAGGUCUACAGCCUGACUAUAGAGCCUGUGGAGCGGGUCUGCAUAAUAAGAACAUCCAACAAAAAGUACUACAAGAAGUUCACCAUUCCAGAUUUAGACCGCUGCCAGCUGCCUCUUGAGGACUCGGCCAUCAGCCACACUCAUGCCAACAACACUUUGAUCAUCAGUUACAAGAAGCCCAAGGAGUUGUUGAGCCUCGAGCAGGAGAUGAUGAGAGAACUGAAGAAGCUGAAGGGAUCGAACGAAGGAGACAUCGACUGUAAAACCCAGUGAGGAAUCGGGGACCAUCCUCUUACUUCACCUCACAGGUUUGGUACCCAAGAGAAGAUCCCUGGCCCACUUUGUGUACCGGUAAUACAUAGAGGACUUCCAAAUCAACAUUUCUAUGGGGGGGAUACUGGAAUAUUUCAGAAGUACCAGAAGAAAAAUGUAAGAUAAAUAUUUCAAUGGUCCGAUGCUGGAUAUAUGACGUAAUUAACAGAUUGAUGUGAAAGACGUAUUUGUUCAGUCAAUUAUUGCUUGAACUGAAUUAUUGGCCUUAACAAGUAAGACGAUUGGUGUGCAUAAUCAAUAUGUGUCAACGUAUUUUUUUCAAUAAAACUGUACCUUAUCCAAA